AUGGCUAUGACAUUAACAGAAGAUAGCAUAAAAGAGCUUCGAUUCCGGCUCGAAGAUGCCGUUAUUAAGUGCUCGGAGCGCUGUCUAUACCAGUCCGCGAAAUGGGCCGCGGAAAUGCUAGACUCCCUCGUUGCCAUUGAUGGGAAUGAUACCGACACCGAAUCGCCAAUGGAUGCAGAUUCCCUGCCGAAUACGAACCCUUUUACGCGCCAGCUAGAUCCCGCCGAAGCUAUCCUUGAGUCACAAGAAUCUCACAAAUAUCUUCUUGCCAAAUCAUAUUUUGACACUCGAGAGUAUGAUCGAUGUGCCGCUGUGUUCCUCCCACCUACCAUACCGCCCGUCCCGCUUUCCAACGUGUCUCCCAAUGUAAAAAGUCGAACUUCAUUGACCCCUCAAAAAGGGAAGAGCAAAACUCCACUUAGGCCUAGCUCCAGAGGUGGGCAGGUGCCAACACAAAACCCCUACCCGAAACUCAGUCAAAAGUCCCUGUUUCUGGCCUUGUAUGCCAAAUACCUGGCUGGAGAAAAGCGAAGAGAUGAAGAGACGGAGAUGGUAUUAGGCCCGGCAGAUGGAGGUAUGACUGUCAAUCGCGAAUUGCCGGACUUGGCACGAGGCCUGGAAGGGUGGUUUGCGGAACGAAAUGAGCUGGGUUUGCGAGGCCGAGGUCAAGGCUGGCUAGAGUAUCUGUAUGCUGUGAUUUUACUCAAAGGCAAAAACGAAGAGGAGGCAAAGAAAUGGCUGAUACAAAGCGUACAUCUAUUUCCAUUCCACUGGGGUGCCUGGCAGGAGUUGAAUGAUUUGUUACCGAGUAUUGACGAUUUGAAACAAGUCGCAGAAGAGCUCCCUCAGAAUAUCAUGUCUUUUAUAUUCCAAGUACACUGCAGCCAGGAACUGUACCAAGCCAACGAGGAGACUCAUCAAACACUCAGUGGACUGGAGACUAUUUUCCCAACUAGUUCAUUCUUGAAGACAGAGCGAGCUCUGCUGUACUAUCAUUCACGAGAAUUUGAAGAAGCUUCAUCCAUAUUUUCAGAGAUUCUCGUCGAUUCACCGCAUCGGCUAGACAGUCUAGAUCAUUAUUCAAAUAUCCUCUAUGUAAUGGGUGCGAGACCCCAGCUUGCCUUCGUCGCGCAGUUGGCCACAGCAACAGACAAGUUCCGACCAGAGACCUGCUGUGUGGUUGGAAACUACUACUCUCUCAAAUCCGAACAUGAAAAGGCAGUCAUGUAUUUCCGCCGCGCUCUCACACUUGACCGAAGCUUCUUAUCCGCCUGGACCCUUAUGGGCCACGAAUACAUUGAAAUGAAGAACACACACGCGGCAAUCGAAUCCUACCGUCGCGCUGUUGACGUGAACCGGAAAGACUACCGUGCAUGGUACGGCUUGGGCCAAGCAUACGAAGUUCUCGACAUGCCUAUAUACUCGCUAUUCUACUAUCAGCGUGCCGCUGCUCUGCGGCCCUACGAUCCAAAAAUGUGGCUGGCAGUGGGCACAUGCUACUCCAAGCUAGACCGUUUCCAACACAGUAUCAAAGCCAUGAAACGCGCGCUAGUCGCCGGUGCUUACUAUGAACAAGCAUCGGACAGCAUGGAUUCCUCACAUCCAGUAGGCCGCAAGAUUCUCGAUCCUGACACUCUCCACCAAAUCGCCACUCUCUACGAACGACUAGGUGACGAGGAAGAAGCUGCAGCCUACAUGGAGCUAACGCUGCGACAGGAGACAGGGGAAGUAGACCGUCCAGACCCGGACUCUGAUGAUGACGUAGAUGAUAGAAACUCCGACGACGGGGCUGGUUUAUCUCGUCGGCGUGCCGAUGAUGAAGAUACAGAGGCUGUGGGAGGGACAGGUGUUACGGUCACGACGUCAAAGGCGCGUUUGUGGCUGGCUCGAUGGGCCCUGCGACAUGAUGACCUCGAUCGAGCAGAUCAACUGGCUGGUGAGCUGUGUCAAGAUGGAAUUGAAGUCGAAGAAGCAAAAGCUUUGAUGCGAGAUGUCAGGGCUAGAAGGGAAAGGGGUGUGGCUUGA